AUGGAGCGUCUGAAUUGGGUAUCUAGCACUGACCCUAAGUUGGCCAGUGCUUCUGUAUGCGCGUUCUCUGCCCGAGGAAGUGAUACCACAUCAAGGUUGAAGCAGUUGGGAAUGGAAUUCACCGUCUGGGUGUUUAAACAUUCAAAGAUUGAUCAACUUAAACUCAUGGGCCCUGUUAUUCUGAGUGGAAUUCUGAAGUCACUUGAUACAGUUUCAAGUUCAGAAUCAGAUGUUACUGUGAGGGACUCCAAAACUUUUGCUUAUCAAGCAAUUGGGUUGCUUUCACAGCGUAUGCCUCAACUUUUCAGAGAUAAGAUUGACAUGGCUGUGCGCCUUUUCGAUGCAUUGAAGGUGGAGACCCAGCAUUUUCGCCUCAGUAUUCAGGAAGCAACCAAUUCCCUUGCCACUGCUUACAAGGGAGCUCCAUCAACAGUGUUAAAGGAUCUGGAGACACUUUUGCUGAAAAAUUCUCAAGAGGAACAAAGCGAAGUACGAUUCUGUGUAAUGAGAUGGGCAACUUCUUUAUUUGAUUUGCAACAUUGCCCAAGUCGUUUUAUUUGUAUGCUUGGGGCAGCUGAUGCUAAAUUGGAUAUAAGGUAUUGA